CCGUUAAAGCUUCAAUUAACUCCUAAACCCUCCCUGAUCUUUUGUUAUGAACAGAAACAAGAGUACAGUCUGUGUUUAUCUCACACCACGCCUUCCACAGAAGACCAACUGUCAGACGGCGCCAGCUGCUGUUUUCAGACGUUUUAAGGACAAAGGGAGUUAAACCUUUUUAUCACAUCUUCCAGGACGGACAAAUUUAAGGCUGUCAAUUUUUUAAAUUUAAAGGACAGAAGAAGGAACAACCAAAACAAUCAUUUUAAAAUCCCACAAUAAGAAAUGUCUGACCGGAGGAAGAGAAGGAAAUGUGCAACAAAGACCAGAUCACCUGAAGAGCAAACAGUUUGUUCCCAGAAGAAUGGAGCGGAGCCAGCAGGCCCCAGCGGCGUCUCUGUUAGAAGUCAGAGGUCAAAGGGUCCGCCAAUCAACUUUAGAAAAGCCAGAUCAAAAUGUCAGAAAUUCAGCAAGGAGCUGACCAGCUGCUCAGUAUGUCAAAAGGUUGUGGAGGAUUUGCUUUAUUUUAUUUGUGGACAUCCAUCAUGUAAGAAGUGUUUGAGUUUGAGCCUGACUGACUUACCGACAGACUCGCCCUGCAAAAAGUGUGGAGACACAUUUAUGAAAAACACACUCAAAGACGGAGGUAACAGUGUCAUUCUGGAAGCAAAGAUGAAUCUUAAAAAAGCAAUGAAAAAUAAAUUCACUAUGACGUCUGAAGGUAACGGUGAUCAUCACAGCUCCCUCAAAAGCAUCUACACAACCCUAUUCAUCACUACUGGAGAUAAUGAUGGACGAAAUGUGGAACAUGAGUACAGACAGCUUAAAAAUGCUCAUAAAAACCAACCAUUGCAUGACUCUACAGUCAACCUGAGUGAGCUCUUCCAAUCGGUGCCUGCCCAGGAGAAACCCAACAGGACAAUCCUGACAAAGGGAGUUGCAGGAAUUGGAAAAUCCUUUGCUGCUCAGAAGUUUAUCCUUGAUUGGGCUGAAGAGGAAACAAACCAAGAGAUUGAUUUUGUUUUCAGUCUUGCUUUUCGAGAGUUGAAUUUGAGUGUAGGAGAGAAAAGCCUCCAUGAGCUGCUGACUGAGUUUCAUCCAUCUCUCCGACCUCUGAAAGAUUCCCAGGAUUACGCCAAAACAAAGAUCAUAGUGAUCCUUGAUGGUCUGGAUGAAAACAGAUAUCAGUUGGACUUUCAGAAAUCAGACAAAGUAACUUCUCCUGAUGAUGUAGCUUCUGUAGGUGAGCUUGUUGUAAACCUGAUCCAGGGUAACCUCCUUCCUGAUGCAAACAUCUGGUUAACGUCCCGACCAGCAGCAGCCAGUCAGAUCCCUGCAGAAUACAUCGACAUGGUGACAGAGAUAAGGGGGUUCACUGAUGCUCAGAAACUAGAAUAUUUCACAAAGAGAUUUGGUGAUGAUUCGAGUCUCACUGAAAGGAUAACAUCACAUAUUCAGUCCUCACAAUCCCUGGACAUCAUGUGCCAGAUCCCAGUCUUCUGUUGGAUUUCUGCUGUCUUAUUCCAGGAAGUCUUCAGCAGAAAUGAAGAGACUGAAAUCCCCCAGACUCUUACAGAGUUAAUGGCACAUUUUGUCUUCGCUCAGACAAAACGUAGAAGCAGAAAGUAUGACAUGAACCCUGAGAGAAAUAGAGAGAAGCUCCUGGAGACUCACAGAGAAUUUCUUCUGAAACUUGGGAAACUCGCGUUUGUCCAGCUUCAAGAAAACCAACUCAUCUUUUAUGAAGAAGACCUGAAAGAUUGUGGCAUUGAUGUCGGAGAAGCAAUAAUCUACUCUGGUUUAUGUAACACUGUUCUCCAGGAAGAGGAAGUCUCCUCCCAGAAAAAAGUCUUCUUCUUUGUGCAUCUGACUCUUCAAGAGUUCUUUGCUGCUCUGCACGUCUAUGAAUGCUUGAAAACCAAGAAAACCAACGAACUUGGGAAGUUCCUUUGUGUGGAAGACAAAGAUAUUCCUUUACUUGAGCUUCUAAAGAUGACAGUUAACAAAGUGCUGGAGCAGAAGAAUGGUUAUUUAGACUUUUUCUUGCGAUUCCUGCUUGGCCUGAUGGUUGAACCCAAUCAGAGAUUCCUUCAAGGUCUGUUGACUCCCCGUGACGAAUGGGAUGACACAGACAAGAAAAUCUUAACUCACCUGAGAUCACUUCGAAGAAAAGCCAUCUCUCCAGACAGCUGUAUCACCAUCUUCCAGACCAUGACUGAAAUGAGAGAUCACAAAGUCAAAGAUGAGAUUCAGGAAUUUCUCAAACUGUCUGAUCAUUCAAAAAUGGAACUGGCUCCUUUGCACUGCUCUGCUUUGGCCUACAUGCUGCAGGCCUCCAAGAAUUAUCUGGAUUUACUGGAUCUGAAGAGCUACAACACAUCAGAUGAUGGCAGAAGAAGGUUGAUACCAGCUGUUAGGAGCAGCAAAAGAGCUGUGCUUGCAAAUUGCAAAGUUACGAAGGACUGGAUGGUCUCUCUGGCCAUUGCCCUCAAGUUUUCCUACUCAGCUUUGAGGAAUCUCGACUUGAGUAACAAUGACCUGAAAGAUUCAGGAGUGGAGGGGCUUUGUGGAGGACUCUCGAGUAACUCCUGCAAACUGGAAAUACUAAGGAUUUCUGGUUGUUGGGUCACAGAGAAAGGUUGUGAUCAUCUGGUCUCAGCUCUUCAGUCCAACCCGUCACAUCUGAUGGAGCUGGACCUGAGCUACAACCAUCCAGGAGACUCUGGAAGCAAGAAGCUCUCUAAGCUGAGGGAUGAUCCACAGUACAAGCUCAGAAAGCUAAACCUCGACUAUGGAGGAACUCACAGAUUGAAGCCUGGCUUUAGAAAAUAUGCCUGUGAACUCACUUUCAGUCCUGAUGCAGAACACCAGAAGCUGGUUCUGUCUGAAGGAAACAGAAAGGUGACCUGGAUGGAGGAUGAUCUCCAUCCCACAGAAAACUCAGGUCACCACCAGCAGGUGCUGUGCAGUCAGAGCCUGACAAAGCGCCACUACUGGGAGGUGGAGGUCUCUGGAUGUUUGAGCAUUGGGGUCGCAUGUAAGAAGGCCUUAAGGAAAGACCAAACAGGUGAUAUCAGAAUGGGACACAAUAAGGAUUCUUGGUGUUUGGUUUGUUCAGACGGUUUUCAUGUUUUGCACCACAAUGACAGAGUAGACGUGUCUUCCCUUGGAAUGCGCACCAGUCGGUUUGGGGUGUAUCUUGACUGGCCUGCUGGUACUCUGUCUUUCUACAGAGUUUCCUCUGAUAGUUUGAUCCAUCUUCAUACUUACACUGUGGCCUUUAGUGAUCCUCUGUAUCCUGCAGUUGAACUUAAUGCCCAAUCAUCUGCUCUAUUUUGUCCCCUAAAGUGAUUUAAUUGGGUCCUGCUCACAUGUAUAGAGUGCUGUAAAAAGUAAUGUCUCCCUAUGGAUUCAUUUGUUUUUGUUAUUUUUGUCACACUUAAUGCCCCAACAUAAUCGGGUGUACUUCACUCCCCGGAGGUACGUGAAUAUUUGAGACGGACUCGACACAUACUUGAAGCAGACAUCUGUUGGACAUGUUUGAGAAAAUAUCAGUUUUUAUGACAGCAUAGUCAGUGUAAUCUGACUAUGCAGAGUAAUCUGAUCGACGGGAAACAAAGCUGACAUUGAACUUUUUUGCAUGUGACACUGAGCUGAUUAGGUUGAGAGUCAACGCUCACAGUCAUGAGGAUGUGCAGCGUGACUGUCACUCUCUGUCCCACACUAAAAAGUUUGUUAAGAUUUCCCUGAUGGAGAAGAAACAGGGCUUGGCACCCAACUAGCUCAUGAAACUUGCUAGUAUCCAUUAGGACUAUAAGCAAUAAAGAAAUUUUUCACAAGAGUACUUUAGGCAAUCGGUACAGAUGAAGUGGAUGUAUGAAGUCUCAACCAUCCAUGGUGUGUCUGUAACAGAGUCCACACAGAACACCAGAGUAUGUCGGGAUCUUAAAAUCUUUAAGACCAUCAAACAAAUAUUUAAUUUGUCACAUUAUCAGCCAGAUUUGAAUCAAAAAUUUUACUGAGUCAAUUCAAAACCUUUAUUUAUUUAUUUUUUAGCUGUUCAGAGGUGGAUUUGUUGGUGCGUUGGGAUAUUGUGCUCCUACAUAAACCAAGUGCACUCAGCAUAAGGUGACAAAUUGAUGCACCUUCCAGAUAUUUUAUAGAGACCAGAAUACAUGGAUCCAUCAGUUACCGCAAUUAGUCCUUGUCCUGAAAGCCUAAAGCAACCCCAGACCAUCAUACUACUACCUCCACAUUUGCCUCUAUUCUCUUACUGAAAUGCAGGUUUGCACCAGAUGUAUUGGUACGCACACCAUCCAGAAAGAUCUACUUCAGCUUUCCAGUCAUUUAAACAUCAUCAUCUCAAUCAUCUGAUCAUCAUCAAGAUGUAUUUUGGGAAAUUGUGAAACGGCUUUUUAUAAACUCUUUAGUUUUGGCAAAAUCUCUCUUUCUUAUUAUCAAAUCAAGUUCUCUGACUUUAAUUGAGGCAGAUGAGCCCUGUUAUGCUUUAGAUAUUACUCUGAGUUCUUGAUGUCUUGUUUAUGUUGGGAAUGGAUUAUAUUCAAGUGAUUUAUUUAUACCAGGCAAUAAUCCGGCCUCUGUGUGGUUUGUGAAACUAAGCCAAAAACUUUGGUUAAUCAAGUUAAUUUCAUGUUUUAAUAAGGGGAUAACAGCUGGGGAAGUUGGUUUGGAUAACUUUUUUUAAUAAGCAUUGUUUCUUCAAGUUUUCACUUUUGCAGUUAAAGCCUCAAACAAACACAUCCUACAUUCUUCUGCUUUCUUCUGCUUGUGUGUUAAAUUAGAAUAAAGUUUACAAUUUCUUCCUAGGGAUUACAUUGGUGCUUCAUUUUUGUUAUUAGCAAGAGCAUUUUUAUUGUCAGUGGCAGAAAUCUGCUCUAGCUGAAUGGCAAGUGUGUAUUUAAAAAAAAAAAAAAGUUCUCAUGUAACUUGGUGCUUUAGUUCAGAGAGAAGCUCAGAUUUCAGUGUCAUUAAAACCAGAAGGUGUUUUUGUGUGAAGUGGAACAUGUUCUGUGCAGCAUUUGACCAAAUAGCAUUUUUUCUCUUCAAAGGUGUCUUUGUGAAAGAAAUGAGACCUAAAGGAACAAUCUGUAUCUCCUCAUUAUUCUGUUGUAUGAGUUAUAAAACAUCUGUGAAGCCUCUGAUUGAUGUGUGAUGGUUUACCUUGAUGUCAGUCUUUUUUUUAAGUGUUAUCUGGGUUCAAAAUGUUUUAUCCAAAAAAUCAAAUUGUUCCAUUAAAACUCUGCUUGGUGCUC